CAACAGCUGUGACAGGCGGCACGACCACACACUCACCAAGGUCUGACACACAUGGAGGCUCACAGCUCCUCUGAAAAUUUGGAUUCAUCAAAGGAUUUUUUUCAAAGAAGUGGCUGCCGUGAGAAAAAACCUCUUUUGAUCAUCGUGGUCCAGAUUUCCUCUGGACACCCUGGCAUUUGACUCAUGACUCAUGGCUGCUUAGCUCUAAAAGAGGAUUUUACUGCUCGGUCUGGUGGAUGGACCGGCUCAUGGCACCUGCACAAAUCCAGCACUUACACUUCACUCUGGUUUUUGAUCUGAUUUUACUUUUUUCCAAUUUCACUGAGUAUUUCUUUCCAGUUUGUGAUGCUGAAGAAUCUGCAGUGCGUUUGCAUCAACCCUGCCCCUUUUAGGCCUCAGCCAAUCAGCCGCAACAUGGAGGAAGGAUCCAUCCGGUUUGAGUUGGAACGCCAGGCCUGCCAGAGUCUCAGGAAAGUUUUGCAGCUUAAACUGCAACAAAGAAGAACCAGAGAAGAACUGGCAACCCAGGGGAUGAUGCCACCGCUUAAAAGUUCAGCUGCCUUCCACAAGCAGACGGGGAGCUUGGAGCGCGCAUGGAGCGAAGAAGAUCUCAAACGGAAAAUUAAGAGCAAGCCUGAACAAUCAGGUCUCAAUCGGAGGCAAAUCUUGGAGGGGAUGUCAGCUGAGACAUUGUUUCUGAAGCGAGCUCGUCUCACCAAAGAUCUAAAUGAGAAGGUGGCUCACCGGCCGAGGCCAAUCGAUCUGAUCCACAAAAACAGACCUGUUCAGCCCAACAUCAAACAGGCCUCCACAGAUUUUCUGAAGACCUCCAGGGAGAGCUCUUCAUGCGAUGAGCACAGCAAUGACAGUCUGUCUCCAGGACAGGCAGUAAGCCAUGAGUGUCCUCUGGGCUCAGGGCUUGUCCAUUCUCCAUCAGAGAACCUGUCACGCAGCAGCAUCCCAUCUCCAACUCAGAUGCCUCCAGCAGGUCAUCAUUAUCCACCAAUUUGUGGAUCAUUCAACUCUCUGAAACUGGACAGUAGGACGUUGGACUCAUCAACCCUCAUGGGAGGUACUAACGCCCACAUUACGCCUAAACAGAACUCAGACCGCACCUGUCAGAAAAACAAGAAAACCAAAGACAACAAGCCAAAGAUCAAGAAAUUGAAGUACCAUCAGUACAUUCCUCCCGACCAGAAGGGAGAUAAAGAGUCUCCUCCUCAUCUGGACUCGUCAUACGGCAAGAUCCUCCAGCAGCAGCAGCUCUACCUGCAGCUACAAAUCCUCAGUCAGCAGAAAAACCACAACUACCACACCAUCUUGCCUGCACCACCCAACAGAGAUCAAAAGCAGUCUUCCUCUUCAAGUACAACAUCAACCUCUUCACCGCAAUCUUCUGCUCCCCCCUCUACCGACCUCCCUAACCAGCAGAGCCUAAUCUGUCUGAGUUCAUCAGCUGAGAUCAAAUCAGGGUCUGCAAAUCCAAAUCUGGAUAAUAUGAGGGUGACAGAGCUGAGGUCUGAGUUGAAACUACGCAGCUUGCCCAUCUCAGGCACUAAGACCAACCUCAUCCAGAGGCUGAGGAGUUACCAAGAAAAGAACCAAGGCUGUGACUUUACCUCUUCUCCAACAGCAGAGGGUACCAAAGGGCUGGAGCUCAAAGAAGGUCCAGAAUCCAGCAAAACUGGUGACCAUUUGUUGCAGGAACAGCAGUGUCUAAAGUUUGAAACAUCCUUUUUCAACGCUGAUCCAAGAAACGGAGUCAGUCCUGCUUUAAGCCCAGAGCAGCCUAUGAGAUGUGAAGAUACCAACCCCGUCCCUCCUCCUCUUACCUCGUCUUUGUCAAAGAGUCCCAAAUAUAUCAGCUUGAACGGCGACCCACUGGGAGAACUGAGUUGCUCUCCCACUGAGUUCAACCUUCAGCCCUCUUUGGUGGCUCGACAUCCUGCCAACAUUAAAAAAGAUCCCCCUUGUUGCACCAGAACACCUACUCACCUUUCCUUAAAGUCUGUGUCUCUGCAGAAACACUGCUUGGCUUCGUCCCCUGCGAAUACGGCCGCAGCUCCUUUGGUGACAGCAGACAAAGACAGAAUGCUGCGGGAGAAAGACAAGCAGAUUGCAGAGCUCACCAGGAUGCUGAAGCAGAAGCAGAGGCUGGUGGAGGUGCUGAGGAGGCAGCUGGAGCAUGAAAGCAGAGGAGCCCCAGAGCAGAGGGUUUUCCUAAAAGUUAAAGAAGAACCUCCUGAUAUCUCUUGUGGCUCUCUUCAAAUUUCAUCUGUUUCACCUGAACUGGAUUCCACCAGGAUAACCAUCAAGCAGGAAGCUGUUGAGGUGGAUAUAGGUGGAGCAUCUGUGGGACCUCCCUGCCAUCUUUCAUCUCUGCCUCCUACAACUGAAAAGAUAAAAGACUGGGUGCAUCUGUCACUACAGCCUGGCCAGAAAAUUCUGCAGAAAAAGCAAGAUCAUGUUUGUCUUCAGCAGCCUCCUCUACGGUUAGCUCAGCAGCAGGCAAUUCAAAGGUGCAUUCAAGGGACCCAACAGAAGCAGAAAAAUCCUCAAAAACAGCAAAAAAGACAAAGAGACCAGCAGAAGCAGCAUUGCCAACACUCAGAACAUCCGGAGCCCAGGCAGCCGAAGCAACAAGACAAGCCAAAGCAGCAGAGGUCUCUGUUUCAGAGACAGUCUAAGGAGAAACAAACCAGACAACUGCAGCAAAUUCAAAUGCAUCUGAAGCAGAAGUGUCCAAAAAACGUGGGCCUGCAGAGCAACUCCACCCCUGAUGUGGUUAUUGACGACACCGGGAAACAUUUUCUAAUUUCACCAAACAUAAACACAGACCAAAGCAGAAACAAUGCUGCUGACAGGAGAACAUCCAAUAACAUCACAUUGCAGGGGCAGAAGGGAUCAGCCCAGGCCUUCAUCUGUCAACCACAACAGGAAGGAUCUGACUGUUUGGGACCUCCUUCCAGUCUGCAGCCCUUUUUUAUGGAUCAGGACCCCGCUUUGAGGGGCAGAGACAACACCACACCACCCUUUCAAAAUGAAUUGUGCAGUGAUUUGGAUGUCUUGUUGAGUCCGCUGUCUCCUGCUUCUGUUAAGACAGCUUCUUCUCUGCUUGAUGACCAUCAGGAACAAGAGAAUGAAGACAAUAUCAUUGACAUCAUUUUGCAGGCAGGAGAAAUGUCCUUCAGGCCUUCCACUGACCCUUCUCUGGACUCUCUAGAUUCAGCUUCCUUCUCCUGCCUCUCUCCUACCCCCCUACCUCACCUAUUGAUUUCCCAACCCAUCCCUUCCAGCCCUGAUCCCUCCAAGCCUGCUGCCUCUCUUCAGCCUGAGCUGCAGGAGGAGAAACAUCACCUCUCAACAAAUGGACGGCUGGAGGACUUCCUGGAAAGCACAACUGGAAAGCCUCUGCUGGGGGUGGAGCCAGGGGGGUUGAUCACAUUGAUCGAUGACCUACACAGCCAGCUGUUGUGCACCCCCAGCAUUCUGGACCAUCCUCCUUCUCCCAUGGAUGCCCUUGAUGAUGUAGGAAGAUGGGGGUUUGACAACAAAGGCUGGCUGGAUCUCAGUACAAGGGGAGACUUGGAUGAAGACACGCCCACCUUGGCCCCACUGGGUCCGCCAACACCCGUCAGUGUCUUUUCUAUGGACUUCCUGGAUAGCGCCGACUUGCACUUAAACUGGGACUCCUGCUUAUAGCAGGACUGUGAUGACGGAGCACCAACCAACAACUGCGACUCGCAGGACAACCCCAGCAAUUUGAUGUCUCUGUGUUUCAUAGAUGCUGCUGCACUCAUGGUUUCUUAAUUUAUUAUCAGGCAGUUCCAAUCCCAAUUGUUGCGUCUUGAACAAAGGUCGUGUUUACACACAUGCUGGACCUUUGUGAUUUUAACCCUUUAACAACAGAGUUUUAGCUUCAGUGUUGACAUUCUUUGAAUUAUGGUAACUCUUCAACUAUUUACGUAAUUAAUGUAAUUCAACUGAUUCUGAUGUGGAUGAAAGUAGCUUUCUGCUACACUUUACAGGAAUAACAUGUUUAUGCAAUUGGUGUUAACCAAACCCCAAAAGCACGUAUCAGAGUCGCCCGUAGAAUCUGUUAAGUUAAUUUAGAACAGUCAAAGAAUAACAGUAGUUCAAAGAGCGUGUGUUAUUUUGUGUUGCUGGAGACAAUUUCGUCAAUGAAGGGUUAACCUGAACUACAGUCCUUAUUUACUAUUGUAUAUCCCAUAGGUCAGAGUCAUGCCUAUGUCAAAAAGGUGGAUUGACAGGACUUUUCCUCAUCAUAAUGAUACUUUGGGACAAAAACCUUUGUCUAGCAACUGAAACCCUACAGAAAUUUUUUUUAGAUACAACACAGUCUUGCCUUGUCUUGACCUAAUUGAGCUUUUUCUGAGCCUUUAUAGGGAUGUCACUAAAAUAGUCACGGGAUUUGUUUUAUUCUACGGAAUAAAUGCAGGUUCGUGAACACGCUUUUAAUCAAUCAAACUUUAUUUAUAAAGCACUUUUCAUAUAAAAAUAUAACACAAAGUGCUUUACAUUAAAACACAACAAAUAUAAAAACAAGUAUUG